UUCAGAUGUCUAGCUGACGUCUGAUGCUUAAAACGGAGCAUGCUUUCAUCCCUUCGUGCAUUGUCGUAAGCCCCUGAUGAUUACUCUUAAAAGGGUGCCUCCGCUACAGAGGGAAACAGUUGCUGACCAAACGAGACACAGCUUGCCUGCUUCAGCUUUCUUGAAUGCCUGGUCACUUUAGGUUCGUACCAGCCUGACCAAGCGGGACCAUGUCUACCUUUGGCUACAGAAGAGAGCUCAGUAAAUAUGAAGACAUUGAUGAAGACGAGCUCCUGGCUUCUCUCACUGAAGAGGAGCUGAAGGAGCUGGAGCGGGAGCUGGAGGACAUAGAGCCCGACCGAAACCUUCCGGUGGGGCAACGGCAGAAGAGCCUGACGGAGAAAACACCGACGGGGACUUUCAGCAGGGAAGCACUGAUGGCAUAUUGGGAGAGGGAGACCAGGAAACUCUUAGAAAAAGAGAGAUUGGGUGCGUGCGACAAGGACUCUGAGCAAGAAGAAGACAAUUCAGAAGAUAUCCAAGAAGAAUAUUUCACAGAAAGCAAUAGUGAAGUGUCUGAGGAGGCAUAUACUGAAGAGGAUGAUGAUGAAGAAGAUGAGGAGGAAGAUGAAGAUGACAGUGAUGAUGAGGAUGAGGAAAAGCAAAAUGCUGCAGCUGGUGAAAGACCUGGGGACAGCAGGAGUUCCGACCACAUCAGACGCAAGAAGUGUAACGGUGCAAAGGACAAUCAAAACUUACUCAAUGGCCACGAUGGAAAAGACACCGAUAAUCUGAGCUUAAAAAGCAGUGCCAUCCACCCUUGCGGAAAUCCAACAGUUAUUGAGGAUGCUUUGGAAAAAGUUAGGAGCAACGACCCUGACACCACGGAGGUCAAUCUGAACAACAUUGAAAACAUCACUUCACAGAUGCUUAUCCAAUUUGCUCAAGCCCUGAGGGACAACACAGUGGUUAAGUCAUUCAGCUUGGCUAACACGCAUGCUGAUGACAACGUUGCAAUAGCUAUUGCUGGUAUGUUAAAGGUAAAUCAGCAUAUAACUAGCCUGAAUAUUGAGUCAAAUUUUGUCACAGGCAAAGGAGUGCUGGCCAUCAUGAGAGCUUUGCAGAAUAACAAAGUUCUAACUGAACUGCGGUUCCACAAUCAAAGGCACAUCAUGGGCAGCCAGGUGGAAAUGGACAUAGUUAAACUGUUGAAAGAGAACACCACCCUGGUCAAGCUUGGAUACCACUUUGACCUUGCUGGCCCAAGAAUGAGCAUGACAAGUAUCCUGACAAGAAAUAUGGAUAAACAAAGGCAAAAGCGUAUGCAGGAGCAGCGACAACAAGAGUCUGGUUGUGAUGGAGCCGUCAAUCCAAAGGCCAAAGGCUUGCAGAAGGGGACGCCUCGGUCCUCACCUUAUGUGUCACCUAAGAGCUCACCUUGGUCCUCUCCAAAGCUCCCUAAGAAAGCACUGCCAGUGAAAAGUCAGCCUCCAGCUCCUGCGCCCCCACCUCCCCCUCCACCCCCGCCUCCUCCUCCUCCUCCUCCCCCCGUUAUUCCAGAGAAGAAGGCACCAACCAGGAAUAUAGCUGAAGUCAUCAAACAGCAAGAAAGCUCAAAGAAAGCCUUACAGAAUGGACAGAAAAAGAAAAAAGCCAAAAAAAGCAAAAAGCAUGAGAACAGCAUAUUGAAAGAAAUUAAAGAUUCUCUAAAAUCAGUCUCGGACAGAAAAUCAGAGGAAGGUUCACGACCCUCCACCCGUCCCUCCACCCCACAAAGGUCUCUCCAUGACAACCUUAUGGAAGCAAUUCGGGCAAGCAGCAUAAAGCAAUUGAGGCGGGUGGAGGUACCAGAAGCCCUUCGGUGAAAGCCUGGAUAACAGAAGAAGCAGAGUACUGCAGUGGUCAAGGAGAAGCUACUCGUCCAUUCACUGGUGGUAACAUAGACUGUGUAGCAAGCUGCGCUCAAAGUACACUCUUAGAUUCAAACCAUUUCAAAGAAGUAAACCCGCUACAUACGAAACAA